AUGGCCCUCGCUCCUGGACCCGCUCCAGUCAAGCCAGUACCUCUUGGUUACCAGACCACUGGCGAUGGUUCUGCAGUACCUGAUUGGCUCAACAAAGGGGACAAUGUUUGGCAGCUGACGGCGUCCACCCUCGUAGGCUUGCAAUGUAUUCCGGGGCUGAUGAUUCUGUACGGGAGUAUAGUGAAGAAGAAAUGGGCCAUCAAUCAAUUCGGCGUUCAUGUGUCAUGGGCCUUCAGAAUGUCCUCCGGAGAGGAGCUCAUCCCUCUGUGGGGAAAAGCCGGACCUGCUCUGGACCAGAAAUUCCUGCUGAAACAAGCUGAUGUCCCGGCCACCGGAACGGAUUAUUUUCCUCCGCUCGCCCCCAUGUACCCCAUGGCGACCCUGGUUUACUUCGUGUUUGCAGCCAUCACUCUGGUCUUGAUUGCAGGCUCCUUGUUGGGUCGAAUGAACUUUCUCGCGUGGAUGCUAUUCGUUCCCCUCUGGCUCACCUGCUCCUACACCGUCGGGGCCUUUAGCAUGUGGGGUGGCGGAUUUCUCUUCCAAUGGGGCGUCAUAGAUUAUGCUGGUGGCUAUGUGAUCCACGUCUCAGCUGGAGUGGCCGGUUAUGUGGCUGCAUACUGGGUACGCCUAAAACCUCAUGCCUCUCGCACGAUCUCAUCUCAGAAUCCUUUUGAAUCCAAUGCAAGCAUUUUCUUCUAG